AUGGCAGAUCAAUUUGCAGUAUAUGAAAGGCAGAUUGAAGAGAAAACAGAGACGAUAUUACAGCAAAACAAUGAAAUAGAUUCUUUGCGCGCCAAAUAUAAUGAUGCCAGAGCCAAAUCUGCGGCAUACGAAUUGGAAUUACAGAAAGCGAAACAAAGCUUAAUUUCGAGGACAAUCAAUUCAAAUAUUCAUCCUUUAAGAUCAAUUGGUCAUGAUCUUGAAGAUGAGAAAGAAUCCUUAUCUGAUUCCAUAUCCUCAACAAUAUCUAUAUAUGAUGAGAAUUUGGAAUCGCUCAACGACGAACUUUCUCGCUUGAAACAAAAUUCUCAAAAUUCUGAGCUUGUUAAAGUCUUAGAUAACUUAACAAGAACGACAGAUUAUGUCGUAAAUCUCGAAAAUAAUGAAAAUCUCGAAAGAUAUACUACCUAUGACGCUCAAUUAAGAGCAAUAAGUCAGGCAGCUUUAAGAUUAUCAACAAAAGUUAAUUCAUUGAACGCCGAAUUACAAGAAUUAAAGCAUUCACAGUCCGAAAUGCAGAUUAUUGUAAGUCAAUACAAGGAAGUUGUUCCAAAAAUCAGCUUCCACAUAGAAACAAUCGAAAAAUUAGUUUCUAUCAAUGAUACUGACGAGGAUGACAAGAAUCCUUUGAUAUUCCCUCAAAGACUGAAACGUAUUCGUUCAGAAGUUCAAAGAUUAUUCGAUAAUAAUGAAAAGACAAACAAAGAACUACAAAAGCUCAAGGAGCAAUUAGAACUCUACGAAAAUAUGAAGAACGGCCAAUCAAUGAAGGAAAGACAAGCAGAACUUGAAUCAUUACGUUUAGAACUUGAGAAAAAGAAUGCAGAGUUAGAGCAACUAAAGGCCAGAUAUCAAUCCAAGCAAGAUCCUCAAUUACUUGCCGAAAUCGAAAGAAUAGAAAAUGAAGUCCAGAAUUUGAAGAAUAAAAUCGCUGACCGCGAAUCACAAAUUAAGGCUCUUAACUUGCUAAUUGCUCAAUAUCAGACCGAUGAUGAAGAUAAGAAGGAAAUAAUUGAGAAUUUAGAAAAGGAAAUUAAAGAUCUCAAGAAACAAAUCGAAGAUAAGGACAAAGAAAUUGAAGUCCUUAAGGCUAAGAUCGCAAAGAUCGAGGAAAUACCAGAAGACGAAGAAGAUGAAGAUAUCGUUGUCGCUGGAACUCGAGAUGUAGACCUUGGCGACUUCAAUGAGGAAGAAGCAGAACAAGUAAGCCUUGAAGACCAAGUUAAACAGCUCAAAGAGAAACUUGACGACAAGAAGAAGAAUGGAGUCCAAAUGAAGCAAGCUUUGGCUUCAAAGGACGCCGAAAUCGAGAAACUUAAUGAACAGAUCCAAGAAUUAAAGGAUCGUAAUGAUAAACAAGAGCAAAAUAUCGAAGAAUUAAAUACAAAGAACUCAGAUCUUCAAAACUCCAAUGAUGAAUAUAAGAAAUUAAUUGAUGAAUUACAGAACCAACUCAAGGACUUAGCAAAGAACAAGGCAGAGUCUUCAGACUUGAAUAAUUCAGAAAAUACCAAACAAGAUUCUGAAAAAGCUGAAGAUGAAAAUGCCGAAACUAAGUCAAAUAAGGAACUCCAAGAAGAAUCCGAUAAAUUAAAGUCAGAAAACGAAGGACUUAAGAAGUCAUUAGAAAAUCUUAAGAAAUCUAAUGAUGAUCUCAACAAAUCUAAUGAAGAUAAAGAGAAUAAGAUCAAAGAACUCGAAUCUGAAAUUUCUAAACUUAAAUCAGAAAUCAACGAACUUGAACAAAACAACAAAGACAAAGAUCGUGAGAUUGAAAUUCUUUCCUCCAAAGUUUCAUCCAUCGAGAACGUUAAUCUUGAUGACGACGAAGACGACAUCACCGUUGUUGGCACUCGUGAUAUUUCCGUUGAUGAAACAAUUCCAACUGACAACGAAACCGAAACGAAGACAGAACCAGAAACAAACACAAACACAAAUGAAAAUACAAAUGAAACUAAUGAAGAAAAUGUAUCAUCACAAGAAGGAAAUAACGAAGAAAAGAAUCAAUCCAAAGAAGAUAAGAAGAAGUUACGUAUUCAACAACUUAAACAACUUCUAGCCUCUAA